GUUUGUUGUCUCUACGUCAGUGCCUCGUGUGUUUCUGAGCUCAUCACUUCCUCUCUGGGUUUAUUGCUGUGAACUGCUUCACCUUCAUAAGCGAGGAGAGAACUGGACGAGGUGAAGGAUUGAAGAGGAGGACAGAGUCGAGACAGAUCAGUGUGGGAGGACGUUAACCAUCCAUCAGUCUGGAACCUUUACCCGAGUCAGACUAAGCAUCGGCAGACACGAAACAUCUAACGGUAAAAGUUUAAACGGAUCUGGGAGAUGGGAAGGGUGGGCGAGAAACAUCCAGAGAGACUGAGAGUGUGGUAGAGAGAGAGAGAGAGAGAGAGAGAGGGGCUUGUGGGUGAGGCUCACUUGGAUCCAAAAACUCCCUGGAGCAGCGAGCGAUGAGAGAAACGAGGCACAAAGUUGUGGAGCUGCAACUGAAACAGGAGUGAAACACUGGUGGGAAACAUCAGGAGGAAAAGUUACAGGAUCAUCUCUCAUCAACACAAGUUGGGAACUGAGACGACAAAUGGAUGACUCUCUCUUCUCUCUGUCUUCGAGGACUGUUUGAGUGGGUUGGACGCCGCAGUGCUGAAGAAACACAGAGUCCCGUUAUCACAGACUGAAGAGUUCAUCAUCAUGUCAGGCAGACUGGUUCCUGUCCUUCUCCUCUCGUUCAGUCUGACGCUGGGUUCGGUCCAGAGUCAGGGUUCCUCCCAGGACGCCUUCAUAAUCCAGUAUCUGGAGAGGAGGCUGGCUCAGAUGGAGGAGCGUCUGAAUCAAUGUGAGCAAAGCACGAUGAGCGUCACCCAGAAGACCUACGACCUCUCCUCUGACAUCAGAGGUUAUCUGUCCUCUCUCAGUGUUCUGAGGUCGGAGGUGAAGAGUCAGGUGGACAGCGUGUCCGUGCGUGUGGACCGGAUGGAGAGAGAGUUGGAGUAUCUGGAAAACAAGAUCCCCACCCAGAGCGACAUCGAGAUGGAGGAGGCGCUGCUGGAACAACAGAUCAAAGCUGCAGAGCUGGACCAGUUAAAGAAGAAAGCAAAGAUCAAAGUGGAGAAUGACUGCAGCACAGCUCUGAGUCAGAUCAAGUCCCUGAAGAUUGUGAAGAAGGCCGGAGACACUUAUGGUUCCUGGUUCAAGGAUCCAUCAGAACGAUCUGCUAAGGUCUACCUGCUCAGUGGAAUUCGUAACAACACGCUGCUGGAAUACGUUUCCCUGCAAAGCUUCAGUGAGAGAACCACCUCCUCCUCAGCCAAGGUGGUGCAGCUGCCCUUCCACUGGCAGGGGACGGGUCAUGUGGUCUACAACGGAUUCCUCUACUACCACAAGGCAGAUACACCCAACCAGAUUCUGAAGGUGGAACUGUUGAACCGUACAGUGGUGGACAGCACUCUCCUCCCGGGAGCAGGUCGACUCCCAGUCUACAGUCUGAACCCCGACACUUAUCUGGACCUGGCUGUGGAUGAACUCGGCCUGUGGGUCAUCCACGCUGACCCUGAGUAUGGAGGAAACCUGGUCAUUACCAAACUGGAUAAAGUGAGUUUGGCAGUUGAAUACACGUGGGACACACAGUGCAGAAGUCGUGAUGCUGAAGGAGCGUUCGUGAUAUGUGGGACCAUGUACGUCGUCUACAACACACGCUACGGAGGACGCUCCACCAUCCAGUGUCUCUACGACAUCCAUGACACCAUCCACAGCGAUGAGAGUCCUGUGAUGUUCUUCCCGAAGCGCUACACCAGCCACAGCAGCAUCCACUACCACCCCGGAGACAAACAGCUGUACGCCUGGGACGAUGGCUACCAGACGAUAUACAAAGUGGAGACACGCAGGAACGACCAGGCCGCUGCAGAAUGAGGAGAAAACAAAACACCUGAGUCAUCACUUCACUCUUAAAAGCUUCAGUUUAGAAAAAAAAUAAUUGUUGUGAGUUUAUAAUCUGCUGUUUUCAGUAUAGUGAUCCUUUGCUGGCAAUGGAUGAUGCCUUCAUCACUGUUAACGAUUGUGUCCAACCAACUGCAUUUUAUACAUAGACUUUAUACUUUAUACUG